CCCAGGUGCAGAUCUUUUCUCGCCACCCUUUCCCUUUUCCGGCGGCAAGAGAGGCCAGCCAACAAAUAUCUGAGGCCGGAUAUUUUUCCCCGCGGAGCCACGUGUCGGGCCGCCACGUGGAAAAGCGCCGGCACGUAGGCGUAAAAGCUCCAUCCAGAGGGUCCGGUCGGGUGCUGAUCCCUUUUUAAUCCUGUCUUUAUUGUCCUUGCGCUUCAAUGGCCAUUCUCUCCGCCGCCGCGGCUAUAUACCUCUCAUCUCUGUCCCCUUCCGUCCUUCCCGGUUUAUCCAGAGCUUGAGCCAAAUCUAGGAGCUUCCUUGAUCUGCCUUCCGAGGGUUGUUUGAUUUUCUGGGGUUCCGCUCAAGAACCCACCUUGAAUUCCGCUGAAAUUUCGCCGUUUUCUUCUUGCCUAGGUGGCUAGGUGUGUUGUUGGUUUUGUAAUCCUUGGGGGCUUUCUUGGUUCUUUGAGUUGCGAUCUUCUGCAGCUUUGUCUCUCCAAUCCAUUAUCGUCCGGUGUCUAGGAAACUGCGGCUGUUUCCUGCACCAGUUUUGCUUCUUUGUUGAUCUUCUGCGUCUGCAUCUUCGUUGUAAUUUCUCAAGGGGAAAAGGUUUCUUUUCAUCGAGGGAGCACAACAGUUGUUUCAUCGGAAAAGUUUCAGGAAAAUACAAGCACAUCCUUGGGAUUUGCUUCGUUUGCUUGUUCCUUGUCUGUUUCAAAGAAUCCAAUGGGGGAUGUGUCGUUGAAUCGACCCAUUAAGGCCGAUCCAUCUGCCGGUGGCCUUGCCAAGGAUUCGAGCUUGGUAGGAUGAUUGCCAACUGAUAUUCAGUUAACUCAGGUGUCGAAGCAAUGGACGAUUGGACCUGGCUAGAGACAUGAGUUUGUGUGCAAUUUGCUAUAUGUUGUUGAAUGCUGUAAACAUUUUUGGCACUUUGUAAUGCAAUGAAACCUGGCCAUCAACCCUUUAACUGGAUAUGAAUUGUUGUUGUAUAGUGUGCUCAUUUCCAAGUCAUAAAAUGUUCCCUAACUCCGUCUGUUGCUUCUAAAUAAAAUAAAUCCCUUUUAGGACUAAUACCAUUUUUUUAAUAAUAAUAUAGUUUAUCCUGAUCCAGAAAUAAUUUGAUUCAUUGAAAUAGUAGUGGUGUGCCUCUUAAUCAUGACUUUUGGUUUCUUUCUUACAUCAUUCUGUUAGCUAAAUUUUACGCACAGUAACGAAAAUGUUUCAUUUGAUUAUUUGACAGGGAAAUCGAAUUCUGGACACGAUGUCUGCCGGGUGGACAGAUGAGAGACACAUGUUGUAUAUAAGCUCCAUGGAGGCUUCUUUCGUCCAUCAACUAUACAAUCACGGAAACCAUCCGCACAAUGCAAAUGGCAAUGACUUCAAGGUUCUUCGCAGGGGUGUGUGGGAGUACAUCAAGUAUGAGAGGACUAAUCCUCGUGUGCAAAGUGGGACCAAAUGCUGCCUGCCUGCAAAUCCCUGGAUCCAGCAUUUCAGGCCGCGUGAUUGUGGUAGCAAUGCACAAAGCGAUGGGCUGGAGGCUUCAGUGGGAGAUCAUGAAUCGGGUACGCAGACAAACCGGAAGAGGCUUUCAGUGUCUUAUGGAAGGGAAUGGGUGGCUUGCAAAGGAGACAACAAGCUUCUUGGUGAAAGUACAGAGGUCUCUGAUCAGAAUUUUGCUGACGACAAGGCAGAAGUUGAAGCAGAAUCAAGUAAGGCAUGCAAGAAAAGGAGAUUAAGCAGCACGUCCCACUACUGUGAUGAAUGAUCAAGUAAAUUCGCAGGACCAGUUAGCUUAGUCUGUUGUGAGAUGACUAUCCAAAAAGAAGGUGCUAAGAUGAUUGUGGUGAGUCCCUCAAAAUUUCUCUGCUGCCACAAAAGCUGUUGGAAGGCAAGAUACUUUGAUCGGGAGGAAAGCGCUGCAAGAGUAGCUAUUAAUGAUUUUGUAAUCUACAAGUAAUGGAGCAGUUAGUAGCGGCAUUUUGGCGGGUUAAGUU